CUCUUUUUCAUUAAACUUGCAUUCCUACAUCUUCUCAUACUUAUGUUAUUAUAUAAAAACGUUAGAUCUUUUAGGUUAUUAUGGGGCAAACCUUAUUCUGCAUGGUGACUUUACUUUUGUUGAAGACAAUCUUCAGCUGUGGACAUGCACAAGAUGCUGAGUUGACUCAUGAGCCCAACUCAACAAUUUUAUGUCAUGGAGAGUCUGUUACCUUCACAUGCAACAUGAAAGAAGGACCUCACUCUAACUGGUAUUAUAAAUUCCACCGAAAUGGUCACCAAAUUGCCUCCAAUCAAGAUAUGUCCAACUUCCUUCAACUUCAUCUAACAACUAACCUGAGUGGGAAUUACCAGUGCACUGGUUACCAUAAGGACUCACCAAGUUUCAUUAAGCAGAGUAACAACAUCACACUUUUUGUAUCAGCCCUCAGGCCCACACCUACUGUGACUGCAGACAGGAAAACCAUUUUAGAAGGUGGGACGUCCAAACUUACCUGUUCAGUUAAAGACUCUGCUGGCUGGAAAUAUGACUGGUUCAUGCAAAACUACUCUGAAGCUCAGAUUAAGAGCAAUGCUGUCAAAAACUCCCUCCGCAUCUACAGCGGAGGCAUCUACUGGUGUAGAGGAAGAAGAGGAAAACCAGAUUUCUUCACAGAGCCAAGUGAAAAAUUCUACAUUGAGAAAAGCUUGUCCAACUGGGCCACAGUUGCUUUGCAACAUAACUGGACCCAGAUAUAUAGAGGUGAGAUGAUAUCCAUGAGGUGUGAGAUUGAAGGAGGAGGAAAGUCUGAGUGGGAGUACGAAUGGAGAACAACAAUCUCAACGACACCAUCAACAGGAUGUACAAUUAAUAUUAGGGCCUCUACUUUGUACAAUGGUGACUUCUGGUGUAAGGGUAGAACCGAUCCAUUUUCAUCAACAAAGUGGAGUCAUGCUUACCAUCUGAGAGUAUCAUAUAAACCAAGGCCCACAAUGAGGGCAGACAAAGGAGUUAUACCAAUUGGGGGCAAUGUAACACUUACCUGCAAUAUUGACAAUCCAACUGAGUGGAAAUACCACUGGUUCAGACACACUGGCAACUUUUCUGAAAUUCAGAUCAUUGGAGAAGGAAAAUCUGAAAAUGUCAUCAGUAUCUCACAUGGAGGUAUUUACUCCUGUCAGGGAGGAAGAGGAAACCCAGUUUACUUCACUGAAGAAAGUAAUGGAAUCACCAUCGAAAAAAGAGUUUCCAACAUGGCUGUUGUUUCUCUGGAGCCUAGCUGGCCUCUGAUCUUCACUGGAGAGAUGAUCACUGUUAGAUGUGAGAUUUCUGGAGGUGAAAAAAAUGAAUGGGUUUAUGAAUGGAGCAAACCUAUAUCAGACACAUUACCAAAACAUAGUGAGAUCAGAAUUGCAAAUGCAUCCGAGACCAGCAGUGGAAACUACAGGUGUUUGGGGAAACACAAGCGGGACACGUAUUCUUCAACACAGUGGAGCAACACUGUAUCAGUCACAGUUUCUGAAGAGAGACCGAAGGCCCAGGUUAUUGCUGAUAGAGACUUUUCACCAGGGAGCAGUGUGACCCUAACUUGCUCUGUUAAACCAUCAUCACAUAGUUGGAAUUACUACUGGUACAGAGAUGAAAACACCUCCAAACUCCUGGAACUGAAUUCGCCUUCAAACGGAGAAAUCAUUAUAUCAGAGAAUGGGAUAUAUUUCUGCAGAGGAGGAAGAGGACAUCCUGUUUACUACACAGAGUACAGUCAUUCUGUUACUAUUGAUAUAACUGACACAAACAUGUCUGCUGUGACUCAGCAACCCAUCUGGCCAGAGAUAUACUAUGGGGAGAAGAUCACUCUGAUAUGUGAGAUCCAGGGACACCAGACAGAUUGGGUUUUUGAAUGGAUGAGAACAAGCAGGGAUGAACCAUGGAUCCAAAAUGAAAUGAACAUUACUUUACUUUUUUCAUUUCACGAGGAGUACUUCUGGUGUAAAGGCAGGAGGAAGAGUGUUCCACAUAUUGUCACUUCAUGGAGUGCCCCCUUUAAAAGCAAACGUGUUAACUGGCAGCCUGUUCCUGUCCUGAGUGUAUCUCCAUCAUGGCUGAGUCCUGGAGCCUCAGUAACUCUGAAGUGUGCGGUUCAACCUCCAUCUACAGGUUGGAGGUUCUACUGGUAUAAAGCUGUUCCUGAUUUAUCACACAAAUAUGGUUUUGCUGGACAUCUACACAGAGGUUUUUACCCCUCUGAAGCCUACCACUUUGAGCUGCUGCCUGAUAGCAUCAAUGGGACUGUUCAGGACUUCUACAUCAUUCAAGGGCAGAAACACACAGUAGGAUAUGCAUGCAGAGCUGGAAGAGGCAACCCAGAGUAUUCCAUGGAUUACAGUAAACCAAAUUUUGUUUGGUCUACAGAUUCUCAUCCAGCAGCGUCUCUCGCAGUCAGUCCUGAUAGAGGGCAACAUUUCACCUCUGAGUUUGUAACACUGAGCUAUGGAAGAAACUCUACUCAGUGGAGAGUGAGGACCUUCAGUCAAGCUAAAUGCUUCACUUUACCUUACAGGCAUAUAUGGCAUGAAAUAAAUGCAUCAACAAAAAUAAUAAGAGCACACUGGACCUGUAGUGCAGUGUACUGGUGUGAAUCUGAAUCAGGGGAGUUCAGCAAUGCAAUCAACAUCACAAUAUAUGAUGAUGAUUUAAUCCUGGUGAACCCUGUACAUCCAGUUAGUGAGGGAGCCUCUGUUACCCUUGGCUGUAAACUGAGGACAGGGAACUUUACAUCUACUGUGGCCUUUUACAAAAAUGAUAAACUUAUCCAAAACACUGUCAGAGGAGAAGUGAAUAUCCCUGCAGUGUCAGCUUCAGAUGAAGGCCUCUACAAGUGUGAACAUUCAGGAAAGGUGUCUCUACAGAGCUGGAUGGCAGUGAAAUCAUCAAGUGCUUCUCGUCCUGUGUCGAUGAUUGUUGGAUUGGUUGUUGGUUUCUCGCUGGCGGUCCUCAUCCUACUGCUGCUGUUUGCAACUUUGACGAACAGGUCAGUGCAACACUUUUUUUUUUUUUUUCGGAGCAGGAUAAUACUGAAAGGUCUUUAUUUUUGUAUGAAGAUGUAUGAGCAAAUGAAUGUGUUUUUAGAUGAAAUGCGUAAAAAAAUAAUGUUAAUUUCUAAUUUAAUUCCUUCAUUAGGCUUACUCGGUGUCAUAGAACCAAUCAAAACUCACCUGCAGCUCUUACUCAUAACCAGGAGGAAACCCAAAAACAAAUAUACUCAUCUCUCCUCCAUGGUGAUGCUGCCAUCUAUGAGUCAAUCAGAAGUCCUGAAAAUCCAGUCAAUGAUCAAUAAAAAGGCCUGUCAUCUUAAAGAAGAAACAAAAAACCUGGAGAAAAACAGAAGAAAAUUAUCUUCAACAAGAUAUCUGUGUUAAUUAAAACCUUUUUAAUUUUUUAACCUUUUUUUUGUUUUAACAUCACACGAUUAACCAGCUGAACAAAGACAUAACGGACACUCUUUUGAGAGUUAUCUGUCACUUACUGAUGACCGUUAACUGUCCUAUACAGACAGUUAACUGUAUGAAUGCUAUACCUGUCUUACUUGUGUUGUAUUGCUUCCAGUUUCAUUAUGUUACUGUAAUGUAAAGAGUGGGCGCCAAGACUCCAAAUAGAUUUUAAAUAAGAUCAGCUUUGAUGUAGCAUUAAAAGCAUUUUAUUAUCUGCGUUUCGAAACACACUGUAAGAACUUUUCUGAAUACCCUUCCAAAGUUUUCAUAAAGUCUUCUCAUUCAUGCAUAUCACAGUUUUUUAUUGAAAUGUUUUCUAUUUAUAUUUCAAUAAUAUAUUCUAAAAAUUAUAUACGUAAAUACGUAGGAUCUAGCUCUGCAACAUCGCUAAUUACUAGCCUCCUCACAGUUUUGUUUCGGCAUCUUUGAGUACCUACUCGGAUCCUAGUCCAGCUAGAUAAAGUCUGUGUUGUGAAACCCUGCAUAUUUUGUAUAUUUAUGCAUUAUAAGAGAAAAAAGUAUUACGCUAUAGUUCAAUUAAAAGCAAAUUUUUCUUUUCA